AAUUGGUAACUACAACUGAGACUCUUCAAGGCUGAUAUCGGCUGCUUUUGACCAUCUUUUAACUAUUUUAUGUAAAAAGAAUGAAAGACUUGACCGACUGAGCAAACAUAGAAGAAGAACAAGAAGAAGAGUAAACACUGUCAUCUCGUUCUCUUCUGGGCAAAAAUAUGGCUACCUUGGCAACUGCUGAAAUUUGUGAUUCGAAUACCACUCUUUUGGAAAGUGGAUGUUUGCGUGUGCUGCCACCAAUUUUCCAGACAUACGGACAAUCUCGAGCAUUCUCAGGCCCCAUUACCACACUUAAGGUGUUUGAGGACAGUGUCUUGGUCAGACAGCUUCUCGAGACCAAAGGCGAGGGAAGAGUUCUGGUUAUUGACGGCGGAGGAAGCAUGAGAUGUUCUUUGGUUGGAGGGAACUUGGGACAGUUGGCUCAAAACAUGGGAUGGACAGGUAUUGUGGUGAAUGGCUGCAUUAGAGAUGUAGACGAGAUCAAUGAGUGUGACAUUGGGGUGAGGGCUUUGGCAUCUCAUCCAGUGAAAUCGAACAAAAAAGGCGUCGGAGAAAAGCAUGUUCUGAUCAACAUUGCGGGAACCUUGAUCCGUGAAGGGGAAUGGUUGUAUGCAGAUAAUGAUGGCAUCCUUAUUUCAGCAUAUGAAUUGUCUGUUUGAAUAAGCAUUGUUGAUUGAUUCCCAUUUUAUUCUUGUCCUACCAAUAAGAGGGAUUGAGUUCUUAAAUUCAGUUGUACUUGGAAUUUCUUGUUUAAGUAGUUUUGUUAGCAUAUCAA